AUGAAGGAAAGCAGUAUUACAACAAAGUUACAGGUUGUUUUCAACGCCUCAGCACCUACUACCACAAGCUUGUCACUCAACGACAUACAAAUGGUGCUUUUAGAGCCGUUGCAGCGUGUAUUUCAACGCAUACUUUGGAGAGAGUGUUCGUCUAACCUGGUUGACACAUAUGAGUUGCGUACUGUCACUUACAGAAUGGCUUCCAGUGCUUUUCUAGCCAUCAGGUGUCUGUUCAGCCUUACCAAAAAGUAUCAGGAAUCCUUCCCCAAGGCGGCAAACGCCAUACGCAUAUCUCCAUCCCAUGUGGAGGCAGUUCAGCUCAUUAUUGAUGUGACGCGCAUUCUGGCAUUGGGAUGCUUUGAAUUAAGAAAGUGGAUAUCCAACAAUGCAGAGGUUCUAGAAACGAUCGGAAGAUCCGGUGAUAAUCAUCAGUUUAUCAACCUAUAUGAGACUGAAACUACAAAAACCUUGGGGCUAUCAUGGUCCUCUAGCAAGGACGAGUUGAUCUAUCGCGUCACUUUAAACAGCCACCUCGGACCAGCCACAAAGCGUUCUGACGAGCCUCUUCCGCCGGAGUUGCAAUCCAAGUGGGCCUUAUUUGUCAACGAACUUACUUUACUCAAUGAUCUUCGUGUUCCACGACAGGUCUGUUGCACAUCCCCACAAGUGGAAAUACAUGGGUUUGCAGAUGCAAGCGAGUUAGCCUACGGCGGUUGCGUCUACGUAAGAUCUACGGAUAAAGCAUUAACAGUUUCCGUCCGUUUGCUGUGCGCCAAAUCAAGAGUCGCUCCCCUGAAACCACUCACAAUACCGAAGUCGGAGUUAAGCGCGGCUCACGUUUUAGUGAGUUUGGUAAGCAAGAUCACGUCGUCAUUGGAUGUGAAGAUUGACUCCGUCCAUUAUUGGAGAAAUUCCGUUAUUUGCCUAAGCUGGAUACGACUUGAACCUCAUCGUCUUUAUGUGUUUGUCCGUAAUUGGGCAUCUGACAUACAAGCGCAAUCUCAUCCGGGCAGUUGGAAGUAUGUUCCAUCCUCCGAUAAUCCCGCGGAUGUGUUAUCCAGAGGCGCCUCUCCAAGGAUGCUGUCACAGUCAAGACUUUGGUGGCAUGGGCCAGCCUGGUUGAGGGAGUCUGAGAGUCAUUGGCCAAGUCAAAUCGAUCGCGUGCCUACUGAGCUACCGAAGCUACGGGACGCAACUUUGAACAUUCUGCACGUCGCAACGACCAAAUGCAUUAUUUCAUUCGAAAGAUACUCCACAUUAGAAAGGCUGGAGAGAGUAGUGGCCUUUUGCAUAAAGUUUAUAAAUAUACAAGUGCAUAAGCUACCCAUUAAGGGCUUUCUCAGCGCGCAAGAAGUAUGGCAUGCAACCAUUGUGUUGGUGAGAUUGUCACAACAAGAGUCGGUUCUCGAGGAAUAUAGUGCGCUGUCUGCUGGCAAGGACAUAUCCGCACGGAGCAAGAUUCUUGGCUUAAAGCCCUUUUUACACACCGACAAGACCAUACAAGUAGGAGAUCGCUUGGGGCGAUCUGAGUUUGGCUUCGACAAAAAACACCCAAUGAUAUUUUUAUCGAAGCAUCAUCUAACUAAACUCUUAUUCCAGAGCGAACACAAGCGUCUUCUGCAUGCUGGUCCUCAGCUGUUGAUGUCUCAUGUCAGGGAGACCAAGCCUAAACCGAUUGCGCCGCAAAUGGCAGACUUACCACUCGACCGCGUAACACCCAUUUCCGUCUUCUAUAGUACUGGCGUGGAUUAUGCCGGGCCCUUUGUCACAAAGGACAGAAAGGGACGAGGCUGCAAAACUUACAAAUCCUACAUCUGCUUGUUUAUUUGCAUGGCUACAAAAGCCAUUCAUCUUGAGCUGGUUUCCGAUCUCACCACGGAAAACUUCAUCCUGGCGCUCCGUAGAUUUGUCGGUCGUCGAGGAAGACCUGCCAAAAUAUCCUCCGAAAAUGGAACUAAUUUUGUUGGCGCUCAUUCUGAGUUGCAACGCCUCGGAGAGUUUCUCAAAGAAAACGAGGGACAACUACAAGAUCGAUUGGUGACGGAAAAAAUUAACUGGAGCUUCAUUCCCUCUUAUUCACCGCACUUUGGGGGUAUUUGGAAAGCAAGAGUAAAGUCUACUAAGCAUCAUCUGAAGAGGGUCGUGGGAAACGCGCUACUAACAUUUGUAGAAGAGUUCUACAGCUUACUGGUGCAAAUCGAAUCCGUAUUGAACUCGCGCCCUCUUUUGCUCAUGUCCUUUCAUUCAAUGGAUUUACAGCCACUCGCACCAGCUCAUUUCAUCACUGGUAGUUCAUUGACAACUAUACCUUGUCCAGAUAUGACUGAUAUCCCUGAGACACGACUGUCUCGUUAUCAGAAGAUUCAGCAGAUGCAGCAGAACUUUUGGAAACGCUGGUCCAAAGAGUCUGUGUCUGAGCUGCAGUGUCGCACCAAGUGGAAGACUAGUGUGGGCACGCUCAAGGUCGACGAUCUGGUCUUGGUCAAGGAGGACAAUUUACCUCGAGCAGCAGUUAUUUCGUAG